AUGGCGCGCAGAGCGGCUUCGUCCACCUUCCAGUGGACUACCAUCUUCUACCUCCUCCUAAUCUUCGUCUGCCCUCUGGCUCUGAUCGGUUCUGUCAACGCCCAGGAUCAAGAAAACCUCACCAACCCUGAAGAUGUCGGCACUGUCAUUGGUAUCGAUCUGGGCACCACCUACUCCUGUGUCGGUGUGAUGCAAGGAGGCAAGGUCGAAAUCAUCGUCAACGAUCAAGGAAACCGAAUUACCCCUUCAUAUGUCGCCUUUACCGAUGAGGAGCGUCUGGUGGGUGAUGCCGCGAAGAAUCAGUAUGCGGCGAACCCUACCCGCACCAUUUUCGACAUCAAGCGUAUGAUCGGUCGCAAGUUCAAUGACAAGGACGUGACCCGCGAUGCGAAGCACUUUCCUUUCAACGUUGUCAACAAGGAUGGCAAGCCUACCGUCGAUGUCCAAGUCGGUGGCUCCAACAAGAACUUCUCCCCUGAAGAAAUCUCCGCCAUGGUUCUUGGAAAGAUGAAGGAAGUCGCUGAGGCUUAUCUCGGCAAGAAGGUCACCCACGCCGUCGUUACUGUCCCGGCCUACUUCAACGAUGCCCAGAGACAAGCCACCAAGGACGCCGGCACUAUCGCUGGUCUUACCGUCCUUCGUGUUGUCAACGAGCCUACCGCCGCCGCCAUUGCCUACGGCCUCGAUAAGAAGGGCAAAGAGUCCCAGAUCAUUGUCUACGAUCUUGGUGGUGGUACUUUCGAUGUCUCGCUACUUUCGAUCGAGGAUGGUGUUUUCGAGGUCCUGGCCACUGCUGGUGACACUCAUCUGGGUGGUGAGGAUUUCGAUCAGAGAGUUAGCGACUACUUUGUCAAGCUCUACAACAAGAAGAACAACGUCGAUAUCACCAAGGAUCUCAAGACUAUGGGCAAGCUGAAGCGCGAGGUUGAAAAGGCCAAGCGUACCCUGUCCUCUCAGAUGUCCACUCGCAUCGAAAUCGAGGCUUUCCACGAGGGCAACGAUUUCUCCGAGACUCUGACCCGCGCCAAGUUCGAGGAGCUCAACAUGGAUCUCUUCAAGAAGACUCUCAAGCCUGUUGAACAGGUUCUGAAGGACGCCAAGGUCAAGAAGGCCGACAUCGAUGACAUUGUUCUCGUCGGUGGCUCGACCAGAAUCCCCAAGGUUCAGUCUAUGAUCGAGGAGUACUUCAACGGCAAGAAGGCUAGCAAGGGUAUCAACCCCGACGAGGCUGUCGCUUACGGUGCUGCUGUUCAGGGUGGUGUCUUGUCCGGUGAGGAGGGCACUGCUGACAUUGUUCUCAUGGAUGUCAACCCAUUGACUCUUGGCAUCGAGACCACGGGCGGUGUUAUGACCAAGUUGAUUCCUCGCAACACUGUCGUGCCUACCAAGAAGUCUCAGAUCUUCUCUACCGCUGCCGAUAACCAGCCGGUCGUCCUCAUCCAGGUCUUUGAGGGUGAACGCUCCAUGACCAAGGAUAACAACCUUCUCGGCAAAUUCGAGUUGACCGGUAUCCCUCCUGCCCCUCGAGGCGUGCCCCAAAUCGAAGUCUCCUUCGAACUCGACGCCAACGGUAUACUUAGGGUUACGGCCGGCGAUAAAGGAACUGGCAAAGCUGAGUCCAUCACGAUCACCAAUGACAAGGGCCGGUUGUCUCCGGAGGAAAUUGAGCGCAUGGUUGCUGAGGCCGAGAUGUUUGCCGAGGAGGACAAGCUUACCCGCGAGAAGAUCGAAGCCCGCAAUUCGCUCGAGAACUAUGCCUUCAACCUCAAGAACCAGGUCAAUGACGAGGAGGGUCUUGGCGGCAAGAUUGACGAGGAUGACAAGGAGACCAUUUUGGAAGCCGUCAAGGAGGCCACCGACUGGCUUGAGGAGAACUCGGCCACCGCUGACAAGGACGACUUUGAGGAGCAGCGUGAGAAGCUUUCUGGCGUGGCUUACCCCAUCACCAGCAAGCUCUACGAGGGUGCUGGUGGGAUGCCCGACUACGGUGAUGAUGAGCCCGAGGGCCACGAUGAACUGUAA